UUUAGCUUUCACAUAGAAAUUGUUUGGAUUAAUUGCUUACUCACUCUCAUAAGUCUACUUUCAGUUAUAAUAAAACUGCCUCUUUAAAACCGCAAUAUAUUAUUGGAUUAAUUUUCUCGAUGCAUGCCCCAUUGCGUGCAAUAAACCCUUCAAGAUAAUCUUUGGUGUGGUACUGUGUUAUGAUAUGAUGCAAAGAGCAACAAACACGUGCAAUUUAUACAAUUACAGUUGGGUUUUUUUACCCGUAAGAUGCAUGUAUGAGAGGAGCAAAGUGUGGGUGAUGUGAGCCCUUCUUGUGAUUGGCUGCUGGAGGAGGGGGCAGCAUAUCAAGCCUGAUAAAUACGAAGUUUCAUGGUCUCCUCUGACAAAUCACCAAUGGCCAGGAACUUGUAGCAGGCACACUCCGCUGCCCCCACCCACACAACGUUUUACAGAAGUUAAAAGUUCCUUUUUCAUUUCACCAUCAAACAGCAGGACCUUGAUUAGCCUUUAUUUUGUCUGGGAGAGCUAAAGGGCCUGUGAGCGUAGCUAAGGUCACAAGCCAUACAAUAAAAAAGAGAGGGGGACAUUUUCUUUCUUUUUUUUUUUCUUGGUUUUCGUUGAGUGAGAGGAAAUUUUGAAACAUUGUGCAAUGGUGCCACAAAAGUUUUGAAAGGUUGUGAGAGCGUUUGGCCAUCAAAGCGUCCUGAGAGUCGGCUUGUUGGUGAAGAGGUCUCCAUGUUGCAUCCAUACAGAAUGGAGAGCUACCUCAUCCCUCCUCACGCAGAAGAAAUGUACGAGUCUGAGAUCUACAGACAUCCAGAAUAUUAUAAUCCUUAUGUAUUAGAUGCUGAAAUCCAGGCAGAUAACAUGGCUGCUGUGACAUAUUUCAAACUGAGUGGAGGUGCUUCUGAACUAGCAUCAGGAGCUGACAGAUAUCACUGGGACUACCAUGCACACCCUCACAUGCACCCGGUAGAGUUUGAAAGCCUCCAGGAGUCCAGCUUCACGGAGCUGCAGAGCGUGCAGGCUCUCCACCCGCCUGGCCUCAUACGAUGCGACACAGAAAGCCUGUUCGAGCCGAAUCUUGGUGCUCAUACACACGUGUUGCAGCAACCGCAGGUGUUCUUCUCCCGAAGCAUGUUCCAACCUCAUGCAUCUCAGCCCAGUUCUGAUGAUGAAGAACACAGAGGGCGAAGUCCCCCGUUGGAGGUGUCCGAUGAAGAGAGCGCGAGAGACCGAGUCCCUUACGUCACGUCAGGAGAUCUGAGUAACAAAAAGAAAAUUCGUCUGUACCAGUUUCUGUUGGACCUCUUAAGAAAUGGGGAUAUGAAGGACAGUAUCUGGUGGGUGGACAGAGACAAGGGGACAUUCCAGUUUUCGUCCAAACACAAAGAGGCCCUUGCUCAUCGCUGGGGAAUCCAGAAGGGAAACCGCAAAAAAAUGACCUACCAAAAGAUGGCCCGUGCCUUGCGCAACUACGGCAAAACUGGAGAGGUCAAAAAGAUCAAGAAGAAGCUGACGUACCAGUUCAGCGAUGAAGUUCUGGGAAAGAAUCAUCUGGAAAGAAAAUCGUACAUUUAGGCCAGAGUUCUCAUUUCUGGUGUGACUGUAAAUAUUAAGCCUGCUGAUCUGGUAAAUAGCAUUAUACAUUGAUACUGCCUUACUGUGGGACUAAUUGACUCAUGAAAAUAAGUGCAUGGUACUUUUUUUCAGCCUUCCAAAGACGUUCUCAAGCAGGACAUUAGAGCAAUAAUCUAGUUCUUCACUCAUAGCUGUAUGGUAAUGAGAUGGGCACUGGUUUAGAACUGUCAAAAAUGUGUGAAAUAAGUCAAGUUAUUGUCCUAAUGGGAAUUUUUACCCUUAUGAAAGCAAUUUUUACGUAAAUGUAAAGAAACGGUUAGAAAACCUGUCAAUUAUUUAAGGAUUUAACCAUUUUAAUGCAAAUAGUUAAAUGUGUAAGUGUAAGUUUGUUAGCUACACUAGGCUACUGCUAAUGGCUCGUUACACUGUUGCCAUCAGAAUAAAUAACAUCUAUAUUUAUAAUAUAAACUCAUUUUAGUCUUUUUUUUUAAGUAUAAAGUUGUUAUAAACCUCAGAAAGUCAACAAUGUUUUGUUUUGAAGCAAAUAGAGGAUAUUUUUUGAGAAUAUUUCUUACUGGUUUUUAACAAACUCAGAGAAUGAAACCAGGUUAAUGAUCCUAAGUAGUCCAGCUGUUUAGGUAACAGUAGCUCAUUUUAUUCUAAUAGAAAUUUGUUCCAACUUACCUGUCUAAAUGUGUACGGUCAUGCAUUAAAAUGCACACAGAUUGUUAAAUCAUUUAUCUAAUCGACGUGCAACGUGUCCUUGGGCUCUUUCUCGCACUGCUUGACUUAUUUUGAUGCUUCUUGUGUUGAACAAGAGUGAGUUCUCUCCAUUUGCUGUGUUUGUACUUUUUAGCAUUUCAUCUUUUUAUUUAAAAGAGACCAAAGACACAAGUAGGUCACUGAUGACACAGACCAACCUUGCUGUGAUUGGUCAGGAGUACACAGUUCUAUGUACAACCGGUAUUUACAUUAUAGAAAAUAAAAUACACAAAUGAAAUCAAA